AGUAUAAUAGUGUUACCAAAUAGUAUACAUAUAUUGGCAUAUAUGCUACAAGUUGUGACGUAUGUACGAUCAUACAUUUUUUUUUAAUUAUGAAGAUCGAAGAUUCUCGUCCUGGUAUUAAUUUUCUUUUAAAUAAAAUAUACAUCGAAACGUAAUCAAAUCGACGAUAAUAUACACAAGAACCUAACCUCUUCGAGAACUGAAAAUCCGCACAUUUUGUCACAAAGAAAGAAAUGGAUUCUUUAAUGGAUCGAGAUCUUUACGAAUUCAUCGGUGCUGAAAAAACAGCCUCAAUCCAAGAGAUUAAGAAAGCAUAUCGCAAGAAAGCUUUAUCUUGUCAUCCUGACAAAAAUCCAAAUAAUCCAAAAGCGGCGGAAUUAUUUCAUGAAUUAUCACAUGCAUUAGAAAUCCUUACUGAUGCAUCUGCUCGGGCAGCUUAUGAUAAAGUUCUUAAUGCCAAACAUCAAGCAAAAUUAAGGACUAAAGAAUUUGAUGCAAAACGUAAGAAAUUAAAGGAGGACUUAGAAGCAAGAGAGGAUGCUUACAAAAGAUCUUUAAAUCCAGAAUCCUCUACAAAAAGUGACAAAGAUAAAUUACAGGCUGAAAUAGAGCGUUUAAGAAAAACCGGAUCAAAACAAGUAGAGGAAGAAAUAGCAUUUAUGAAAAAAAAGAUUGCAGAACAAUCAGGAUUUUACAAAGAGUUUGAAGUUGACAGUGGUUCUUAUAAAAUAAAAAUAAAAUGGAAAUCUAAGAAAAAUAACUUAGACAAUGAUGAAUAUGACUAUGAUAAGUUAUACCAAAUUUUUUCAAAAUAUGGUGAUAUAGCAGCCCUUAUUGUUUCACCCACAAAAAAUGGCAGUGCACUAGUUGAAUACCAAAACAAAAAUGACGCGGAAUUAGCUGCAAAUACUGAAAUUGGUUUCGCUCAAAAUCCAUUGAAACUUCAAAAGCUAUGGGAUACAUCGAAACAAUUUAAUUUCCCCAAGGAAAGAACAUAUUGCAGUGCGAGUUUUAAGGAACGAACGUCGUAUCCAGUUCAUAAUAACUCGGAAAAAAACAAGAUGAAUGAAAACGAAAUGUCUGACGCAGAAUUCGAGCGUUCUGUAUUGAAUAAUCUUAGAAAGGCUGAAGAAAAGAAAAGGUUGGAAAUGUCGCAUUUGAAAGAAAACACUUGAUUGAUGUUAAUUAUAAUGCUCUUUUGACUUGAUUUAUUACACACUUAAGAGGACGUACCUGAGUACAUAAAUCGUGUGAUUGUACAAAUAGGACAAGAUAGGUAUUGAA